AUGAAGACGGAGCAUGAUAGCGGGAAUCCUCUGUCUUCUUCAACUAGGGAAGCGUUAAGGGCUCAAUCUUCCAAAAGGAAAGCUAGGACAGAGAAAACCCUUUCCUUGGAAGGAUUAAUGAAUCUUCCUAACAAUGUAAUCGAUCUGUCCUCCCCUAAACAAAAAAGAACCACUCGUGGUGGUGAAGCGAAAAACCGUGGUUUACUACUAUCUGGUAGUCAAAUUUCCUCUAAGUCUAUUGAUCUAGAGUCUUCCUUGGAACCACCUGCAACAUGUACUCCUCAUGAGUGUCUGGUAAUUAUUGAUCCUGGAUUGAAACAUGCUGAAGAAAAUCUUCCUUCUCCUGACGCUGAAGCUCCAGGUUCUGGGAUCCAUCUCCAUCCUACUUUAAAUGUCUUAACUAUUCCUAACUCUGUCGAUCCAUUGUCAAAAGAUUAG